GCCAUUUUGAGUCAUGUGAUCAGAUUAGUAAAAACCAAAAGAGAGCUAGUUUUUGCGAAAUUGUUUUGUUGAAAGCUCAAGAUCUACGAAGAUGUUCGCCUUUUUUCGUAGUAUACUUGACUGGAUAAAAAGUCUGUUCUGGAAGGAAGAGAUGGAGCUUACGCUGGUUGGCUUGCAAUACUCGGGAAAGACAACUUUUGUCAAUGUUAUCGCGUCAGGUCAGUUCAGUGAAGACAUGAUUCCAACUGUUGGAUUUAAUAUGAGAAAAGUCACCAAGGGUAAUGUUACAAUAAAGGUCUGGGAUAUUGGAGGACAACCUCGCUUUCGAAGCAUGUGGGAACGAUACUGUAGAGGAGUUAACUGCAUUGUGUACAUGGUUGAUGCUGCAGAUCAUGAAAAGCUAGAAGCAUCAAGAAAUGAACUCCAUGGGCUUUUAGAAAAACCACAAUUAGCAGGCAUUCCUGUCUUAGUUUUGGGAAACAAAAAAGAUCUUCCAAAUGCAUUAGACGAAAAAGAAGUAGUGGAGAGACUUAACUUGGCAUCCAUUCAAGAUCGAGAAAUCUGUUGCUACUCCAUCUCAUGUAAAGAGAAAGAUAAUAUUGAUAUCACUCUGCAGUGGUUAAUCCAACACUCAAAGUCUCGUGGUUGAAGUGAUCGUAUAUUCAUUCAGAUUCCUCGCAAAGAGGAGAAAACCUUGGUGCGCUUAGUGAAAACGAAUGAGAGCAGAGAGUGGACAUUCGCAAUCAAAUUUAUAGAACUUAAAGAGACUACAUAAUGCCAUUUUUCUAUUAAUAACCUAUAGUGCAUGCUUGAAGCCAUUGAUAUGUUUAAAAUCCUGACAUGACCAAUAGUCACCCUUUAACUCCAAGAUGUGAUUAAGAUUUAUUUUCUCCCUAAAUAAUACUCAGUACAUUAUUCUCCAAACAGGUAAUGAGAAUACUCAAACUUAUCAGGUACAAGUUAUCUUAAUCUAACUCCAAAUUCUUAUAACUAAUUUAGAAGGAAAAGUUUAGUGGCUAGAGGGGAUAAUUUACAGUCAGAUCUUGGAGUUGAGGGUUAAAAGAGAAUCUAACAGCUAUUUUCUGUAUUAACUUAAAAAAAAAAAAAAAUACAAGUAGCCAGUCAUUUUUUUAAGGAGAUGCACUUGUCUGUUUAGAGGUGUAGGCUGGGUUUGUAACAAGAAUGGACAGUGAGAUCCAUAUUAAUGAGUCAGAGAAGUGUUAAAGAAUUUAUCUUGCAAAUAUUGAAAAAAAGAGUACAGUUUAUAAACCCCUCAGGAAAGAGUUGAAUACUCUUUGUGCUCUAAAGUGAUUGCAGCUUAUGAUUGUUUUGCUUUUCAUUUGUUGUUGUCAAUAACUUAACCAAGACCAUGCCUGUCAGAUGGAAGCUUGAUUACUUUGAUAAAAUGUAUAUCAUAUUUUCUCAAAUGUGUGCUGGUGAAAGUUGUAGUCCUGCAGAGACUUGCAUGAUUGGAAAGCACUCUUUUCAAAGAUGGUGAAAAUAUAAAAUGAUGAAGGUUUGUUUUGUACCAUUGUAA